CUUUUUUCAGCAUGGGAUUCAUCGAUGUGUUGCGGUCGAGUCUCAACAAGCGUCCAGCGAAGCUCAUUGCGUCGCCCAAGCGCGCGAGCGUCGCAGCAAUAUUCCGCCAUUCUCCAUUAGAUCCACGUGGUACACGCUUCGUCCCAAUCUAAACGUCGUGAUGGAUCGCGUGCCUUGACAUGGUACUGUACCGAUCGUAGACAAAGUGCAGCUGUUGUAUAUUCGACGAAAGGUAAAUCCACGGGAUACAUGGAGCGGCCACAUGGCGUUUCCUGGCGGACGAACGAACGAAGGCGAGGCCGACUUGGCCGCGGCAAUCCGUGAGACGCAUGAAGAAAUCGGUCUCCAUCUCAACGAAACCCACGUCGUGGGACGUCUGAAUGAUCGACCGGUGUAUUAUGGUCGCACGGUAGCCGCUCCAUUUGUCUUCCUUCUCGGUCGUGACGAUGCUGCCUUUGAACCUGUCCUUCAAGCGAAGGAAGUGUCCGACGUGCUCUGGGUUGACCUCGACUUCCUUGUGACCGCGCCAAUCCAAACGCUGCAGAUUCCGACCAAAUACAUCUUGCCUAAUGUCGACGAUAUUCCUGCGACUGUGGAUGAGGCCCAACGAGACUCGUUGAAGGCGAUGACACAUAUCAACUUUCCAUGCAUCUACUUGGAUCGCCCUGAACGUCGUGUCCAUGGGCUUCCAGAUGAUGCAGUCGCCCGACCAGUGCACGACUUUGUUCUGUGGGGCUUGACGUACAACAUGACGUCGGACAUAUUGAAGGCAGGAGGACACAAAGCUCUUCCAUCCAUGUCGGCAGCGGUGCGAUCCGUUCGAGAAGCCGUGUUCAUGGAUAAGAUGGCCAAAAGUAACCUGUAACAUGCCGUUCACGUGGGGAACCGACGAAUGCCGUUGACAGAAUGUAUCAAGCGACAAGUUUCCUCAUGUGUUCUCCCCGC